GAACAAAAGUGAUCAAAAACGGAUUGCAGUGGAAAAUACCAGUGUUAGCAACGUGAAACUAUACUCUUACAUCAAACAAUCGUGUCUGAGCAUACAGUUCAACUUUCAGAGCAAAAAUGAAUGAUAGCUUUGGUGCAGGUGGUUUCAACACUUCCGCAGCUGGUGGUGGAGAAAACAAAGCGGAGGGUGUUUUACCACUCGUUAUCCAGCAAGUGCUCGACUCGACAGAUGGAGGUAUAACAUUAUUCGGGCACCAGUACACCAUGAUAACACUGGUGGCAAUUGUACGAAAUGUAGAAUACUCUUCAACUAAAGCAACCUACCAGCUUGAAGAUCACACAGGUCAAAUCGAUGGGCACUUGUGGAUAGACGAAGAGGGAGUUUCCAGUGCGCCCUCCAUCGUACCGCAAUCAUAUGCUCGUGUUGUCGGUUCGCUGCGUAAUCAUGGUGGCGCGAAGUCGAUAAUGAUAUUUAAAAUUGAUCAACUCAGUUCUCCGAAUGAUGUCACAACCCAUUUGCUUGAAGUCCUGCACGCGAGAUACAAAGGCGAAGAAUACAUCAAGCGCAAGGCGGAAGGUACCUUCGAUACGAACGCAAAUGCCAAUUCAAACGGUGGAUUCAUGGAAACCGACUCUGUUGGUGCAUCAAUGGGUUUAACCGGUAAACAACUGGCCGUAUACAAAGCUAUCAAAAGCCAUGUUUCCGAUAUCGGUAUCAGCCGCAAAGAGUUGCAGGCUAAAUUCAAUCAUAUCAGCCCCUCAGAGAUGCAAAAUAUCAUCGAGGGCAUGAACCAAGAAGGAAUUAUUUACGCAACAAUCGAUUCAGAACAUUUCUUCUGUGUAGAAGCAUAAAUUAUCGAGUCUCUCAUUACCCUUCUCCAUAUUUACCGUACAUUCGUAUAUUAUAAAAAAGAAUUAUUUUAUAAUAAUAAACCAUGAUCUAAAGUUGAUUUCAAUUCUCAGGAAUUUUCAUCUGUUAAAUAUAUA